ACUUAAUGAUGUGGUUUGAGCUGUACUGAGCAACACAGUCAGCAGAGUGAACAGCACAGGACUGAGAACGCAUCCCUGGGGGAUCCUGCGCUGAGGCUGAUGAUCCUGAGGUGUUGGUUCCUAUACUGACGAACUGAGGCCUGUUUGAAGUCCGAUAUCCAUUUGCAGAGUAAGGUGUUCAUACCCAAUAGGCCAAGUUUCUCUGUUGGUCUCUAUGGAAUGAUUGUAUCAAAUGCUGAGCUGAGGUCCUUAACCAGUAUUCUGACGUAGCUGCCUUUUUGCCCAGGUGAGAGAGGAUGAGGUGGAGGGCAGCUGAGAUGCCAUUAUCUGUUGUCUGGUUAGCAUGAUAUGCAAAAUGCAGUGGAUCACGUUGUUCUGGGAGGUGGACCUUCCUGUGUCCCAGUACCAGCCUCUCAAAGCGCUGGGUGAUGAUAGGAGUGAGUGCUACAGGCCGGUGGUCAUUCAGACCGGACACAGUCUUGGGAUGAUCCUUGUUGUCUUGAGGCAGACAGGAACCACUGCUGUGCUGAGGGAUGCAUUGAAGAUGUCUGUGAAGACAUCCAGCAGCUGCCCAGCGAUUCCUCUGAGGGCACGUCCUGUUGGAACAAUGAUGCGUAAAAAUGAGAGAGGAUACAUUGAAACGUUCUUUAAGAAGAAGCAUUUGAGGCUGAGAGAACUAAAACGUGAGACUAUCCUCCAAGACAAUAUGUACCUUCACAGAGAUGUGCCUCUGCUGCCGAUACCGGUAGAGUUCCACAUUCGCAAAGUGAUUCACGUCACCGGAAAAUCAGGAAUGGAGGGUAUCCUUGAUGUAUCGGGAUUCCGGGUCGGGGAGAACGCUGAGGGUGAAAACUCGAGGCGGUUUCUCUGGUGGGGCCUGGCUGUGGAUGAUGACGACCGCCUGUCAGCACAGCGUCACUUUCUCCAGGCUUUACUUCCGGACGUCACUCCCGAAGAGGUGGAGAAUCACCCGGAAUUCCUCAGCCAGUUUACCACCUCGACUGCCUUCAGCCCGAAAUCCCGCUACGGCAACUUUAAGUUCACCUUCUCCCUGAAGGAGCUCUUCCAGAAGUACAGUGAACAGUUCUGUGAGGGCGAGAGCCCCGUGUUGAGGGUUUACAAGACGGUGGUGUAUAAAAAGGAGAUCGUGCAUGUGGUGGUGAUUCACAGCCCUGAUGUUCCUGACUUUGACGAGUGUCCCAUUCUCCAGGAUAAUGAGGGUGACCCAUGUGCACUGAGGAAUGGCUCCCUCUUGUGGCGUCCCAAGGCAAUAAGUGAUCCCUGUUGUCAAAAUCUGGUGAGGGAAGGAGAUGGUAGAAGCGUCAGAGUGGAGCCGUGUUUGAUGUCCUAUUUCAUGUGGGAGCAUGGGGCACUAGCGUUUCACAUCCCGCCAGGGGAGACGCUGCGUUUCGAGCGGGAUGAGCUGCUUAACAGCCUCAGUGCCUGUGAUACACCUGAGAGCCCGUUCCUGGGCACAGAGAGGAUCCACUACAAGGAGGCAGAGAGAAUCAUUGCUGAAAUGAAUCCGAAUCCCUGAUUCCUGCAUGUCCAUUCGGGUGUUUGGGGAUGAAAGAAGGACAAAGCAAAUAGAGGACAGUGACACCAAUCAUCCUGUAAUGCCGAAAGAUACCCUUCAAUUCUUAUUCUAUAUUUCACAGAAUUACCACUCUAACUUUCCUUUGAUUUAUUUUAAUUGAUUGGGUAUUUUUUAAAUGAAUCAUUGUGUUUAGAAUGCACUGAUCAACCAGUAGGCGGCGUGGUAGCUAAACACACAGCACUGUAACAUGACUGGUUUGCCCUAUUUAUGCAACAUUUCUUUUCAAAAUACUCCAUCACAUGCCACAUAUUCAUUAUAAUGAUAUUACUGCUGUUUUUAAAUAACAUAGGCAGUGUAGCCAAAUGCUAGCCCCCCACCCACGGUGCAGAAAAGGAAGCUGGGAAUAAAAAAUGAACUUAUAUUGUAUUUAUUUACUAAUAUUAUUUUGCAUUUUUUUAACAAAAUAGAAUCCCAAAAACAUGUUUUUUACUGAUUACUUGUAUAACCUGUUUUUCAAAAAUAACUUGUUUCUUAUAAAACGGGACAGGAUGCUAAUCUAGUCCGUAAAAAUGGGUCACUUAUUCUGAAUAGCUCUGCAGCAUUAUUAUUGAUUAUUAUUGGGAUUAAUUGUCACAGUUUAUCACUUGUAAUAGGCUACUUUCUAUUCUUUGGACUAACUAUUGUUCAUAAUUCACAUGCAAUAGUUUGUUUGAUUUUUAUUGUUUAUCCUUUUCAUAUAUAUAUAUAUAUAU